AGAGCAAACACAAAAGCUCAUUGGAUUUGGGAUACCUCCAACCUCUCUCUCUCUCUCUCUCUCUCGCUCGUGCGCGCGCGCUCGCUCGCUCCUGCAUAUCCUUUACUUGGAUAUGACAUAAUCUUCUGCAAUUCAAAUAAAUAUUUGGAUACCCACAAGUUCAUCUUCUUUUUUGUUUUCUCUAAUUGCCAAAAUAUAAGAGCAUAUCUACACAUAUCACGCAUUUAUUUCUUACACUCUGUCUCUGGCUGUAUAUGUUCUUUACCCUGUUUCUUCGUUUGUUCAUGGAUACUACUUCUACCCCACAAAUCAUCCAAAACCAUAACACAACCAACGUUAGCAAUGAAGUUAACAGGAAAGAGAUUCAAGCAGCCAUUGCUAAAGCAUUGGAGCUCAGAGCUCUUCAUGCUGCUGUGAUGCAGGGUAGUAGCCCUGCCAAUCUCAGGUGUCCCACUGUCUCCCCUACUUCACACCCAGCCUUUUCUGCCCCGGAUUACCCAGUUUUUACACCCAGUUAUGAAGAUAAACCCUUACCGGGGCACCAGCAAAUUCUAAUGGUGAAUCCAAAUUUUGCUGGAAGUCAGGAAGACUAUGGACUAGAAAGAAGUGAUGAUGAAACUUCCCUACCAGAUUACAAAAAGACGAAGGCAUCUUCAAGGAAAGGAUUGCCCUCGGAAUUGGCCAACUUAGAACACCAUAUAUGUCCAGCUGAUGAUCAAAUAUGUGUCACAGGUUCUUGUACGAACCUCGUUACUGUGCUUCAAGCAUCGCCUGGAACCGAUUUCUGCAGGUCUAGGAGAAACAGUUUGGUAGAAUUCAAAUCAGUAUCAUCCUUCAACAGAGGCAAGCCCAGUAUCAUAGCUACUGUGACUGAAGGUGGCACCAAAAGCGUCAAGAAACCCAAUAUAGUUGUGCCAUUAACAGACUCACACUCUUCUCUUCAUCCACCCUCAAAACAUCGUGGAUUCAAUUUGACAUGGUUGUUUCCUCGGCUAAAGAAGAGGCACAAGGAUGAAAAUUCACCAACUCAAACACAAUCUGAGAAAGUUUCCCCAAUUUUUGAAGACCUUGAAAUAAUGUCAAUUGAGACAUUGAAGAAAGAACUUGUGGCAGCAAAAGAGAGCAGAGAUGCAUCUUUAAUAGAAGUUACAGAGAUGAAAUCCUCACUGGGGGAGCUAAAACAGAAACUGGAGUACUUAGAGACUUACUGUGAAGAGCUCAAUAAAGCCUUGAGAGUAGUAGUUGAAGGAAAGAAUUCCCAAGUACCCGAAAAGAUUGGAAAUCUUGAAAAAAGAUGGAAAUCUGUUAAUGGGAAUGGAGAAAACAUGAUGCCAGUUAGUGAGGAAGUAAUGGUGGAGGGUUUCUUGCAAGUAGUAUCAGAAGCAAGAUUAUCAGUAAGGCAAUUCUGCAAGUGUCUCGUAGGACAGAUUGAAGAGACUGACAACACUCUAAUUGAUAACUUAAAUCUCCUCCUUCAACCCUACAAACUGUCUCGAAAUUCGAUGUUCUCGAAGGCAGUAUUAUACCAUUUGGAAGCUAUCAUAAACCAGUCAUUCUAUCAAGAUUUUGAGAACUGUGUGUUUCAAAAGAAUGGCCCACCAAAGCUCUUAGACCCUCGACAAGAUCGCCAAAUGCAUUUUUCAUCAUUUGUGGCACUGAGGAAUCUCAGCUUUAAUGAAGUGCUAAGAAAAGGGACUAAAUAUUACAGUGACGAAUUCAGUAAGUUUUGUGAUCAGAAAAUGAGUUGCAUUAUAAAAACUCUAAAUUGGACAAGACCGUGGCCCGAGCAGCUCCUCCAAGCAUUUUUUGUUGCUGCCAAAUGCAUCUGGUUGCUCCAUUUGCUUGCAUUUUCAUUUAAUCCGUCUCUUGGGAUUUUAAGAAUUGAAGAGAACAGAAGUUUUGAUCCCCAUUACAUGGAGAAUAUUUCCAUGGAUAGACAAAGGUCACAUGGUCCGAGCCGAGUAAAGAUCAUGGUAAUGCCAGGGUUUUAUAUGCAGGAGAGAGUGCUUAAGUGUAAGGUUCUUUGCAGGUAUAAAUCUGUAGCCUAAGUUUGGUUUCCCCCUUAUUUGUGGCAAUCUAGUUUUAACCUGAAGUUUCCGUUGAUAUUGUUUAGAAAAGUUUCUUUAAGUUGCUCAAUGAAAUGGUG